AGGAGGUGGGAGGAGGGACGCGGAGGGAGUGCGGACAGCAGGUCUCUAACUCAACGUGCACUGGGGCUGAGUUUCUGGUGGACACUUGCUCCCCGUUCGAUGUCAAACGUGCACUGCGUCGACCGACAGACAUCCACACACGUUCACGAGGUGAAUCACAUACGCUCACUUUACGAUUGAAGGCGCUUCGGUGCAAGUUUGGACAAAGAAGAUAACGGACAAGGCGUGGGAAGUUCGAAAUGGACUUUAAAUGCCCUGAAGUCGGUUCCAUGAAGGUGGCCUGAGAUUAAUGCAUUUUUAUUGAAGAGUGUUUUUUUUUUUUACCGGACGUCUUUCAACCAUCAGGAUUCAUUUUGUACUCUCCUCCUGAUCCACGCACGGACUGAGACCAAAAACAUGCGGACCUCCUUCUCCUUCCACUCUAAAGGGUCUACACGAGGAGCACCGAUGGAUCGAAAGGGCGCACUCUGAGCUUCAAGUGAGAAGUGGCCCGAGCAAGGUUGGGAGAUGUGUGAAGAAGUGUGACGAACGGCCAUGGGACUGGAGAGACGGUGGCUUCAGGCUGUCACCACUGCAGUAGCCAUCUGUCUGCUUAGUUUGUCUCAAGGUGUGUCAUCGUUGGUCCAUGGCAGAGUGGGGGGCUCCGCAGAGCUGGGCUGCAAUCUCGCGCCUACAUACAAAGAAGCCACCACCCCAAACCUCUUUCCUCUACAUGUGGUGGAGUGGGUGCGCCUGGGUUACAACGUUCCCAUCCUCAUCAAAUUUGGAGUGUACGCUCCCCGUGUUCAUCCAAACUAUAAGGGUCGCGUGUCUCUGACCCGGGGUGCCUCUCUGCUGGUGGAUCGGCUGACCCUGGAAGACGAGGGCUGGUUCGAAUGUCGCAUCCUGCUCUUGGACAGCAAGACAGACGAAUUUCGUAAUGGCACAUGGACCUUCCUCUCCAUCACAGCUCCACCUGUGUUUAUCAAGAAACCACCGACUUUUGUGGAGGUUCUGCUGGGAGACUCACUGACUCUCAGCUGUGGAGCCCAUGGCAACCCUCGACCGACUGUUGUCUGGCACAAAGAUGAGAGCCCGAUUGAGAAACAUGAAAAAAUAAAAGUGCUCAAUGGGACCUUGUCUUUGGCCUCCGUCACAAGAAAUAUUUCAGGAGUGUACAAAUGCCACGUGUCCAACUCGGAGGGGAACCUGACCCACUCUUUGCAGCUGCAGGUGAAAGGUCCUCCAAUCAUCAUCAUCUCCCCAGAGGACACCACACUGAACAUGACCCAGGAUGCAGUUCUGCAGUGCCAGGCUGAUGCCUACCCUUCCAAUCUCACCUAUGAGUGGUUGAAACAAGGACAGAGUGUUUACCAUAUUGAAUCCCUUAAAUCCAGAGUGAAGAUUUUGGUGGAUGGAACACUUCUUAUCCCUAAUCUCAUCCCAGAAGAUGCUGGCAACUACACCUGUACCCCAACCAAUGGGAUAUUGACCCCGCCCUCUGCCUCUGCACAUCUCAAAGUGAAACACCCUGCACGUGUAGGACGAAUGCCCCGAGAAACAUACUUGCCUGCGGGCAUGGAGGGGGUCAUCGUCUGUCCUGUCCAGGCUGAUCCACCUGUGCUGUACGUCAACUGGACCAAAGACGGGAACAAUUUAAAUCUUGACAACCUCCCAGGUUGGCUGGUGAACGCAGAGGGCUCCGUUUUUAUCGCAACUUCCAAUGACAAUGCUGUUGGCAUGUACACCUGUACUGCCUAUAACAGUUAUGGCACCAUGGGCAAGUCUGAGUCCACACAAGUCCUUCUGCAGGACCCACCAUCACUCCGAGUGCCUCCUCAGCCUGAGUAUUUGCAGGAGGUGGGCAGACAGUUGAUCAUCCCUUGUGAAGCCAACGGAGACCCCAAUCCAAACAUAACAUGGAGCAAGAUUGGCCCAACACCUCGAUCUCCAUACACUGUGUUGGCUAAUGGCUCCCUCCUGCUGCAGCCACUCAGUAAAGAUCACCAUGGGGGCUGGGAGUGCCUGGCCACUAAUCGCGUAGCGACUGUCAGUGCAGGCACUGUGGUCAUGGUGCUGGGCACCAGUCCUCAUAUUGUCUCCUCUGUAUCUGUAACAACGGAGAUGAACCAGGCCAACGUGUCCUGGGUGCCUGGUUUUGAUGGUGGAUACACCCAGAAGUUCACAGUGUGGGUGAAGCAUGCAUCCAGGGGGAAACACGAAUGGGCGUCUUUGCCUGUUCCUACGUCCAAAAACUACCUUCUGGUGACAGGGCUACUUGCUGGCACCGACUAUCAGUUCAGUGUUCUACCGCAGAAUAGACUCGGCUCUGGGCCUUUUAGCGAAAUAGUUUCUGUGCGAACGCAAGCUGUGCCGACAGAAGCAUCUACAGCUGUCAGCACCCUCCCAAUGCUGGAUCCUCCCACAUUCCUGUCAGCCAACCAGACUGGACAAGGUGUUCUCCUCCAGUGGUCGCCUCCAGAGGCUCCAACCUCUCCACUGACGGGCUAUGUGCUGCAGGCCCGCAGGAAUCAGGGCCAGUGGGUCAUCCUCAGCAGCAUCAUCAGUGCCAACCAGAGUGAACUACUUGUACAAGGACUGCUAAGGGACUCCAGUUAUGAUUUGAGGCUGAUGUCACGCAGCAACAAACUGCUCAGUGAACCCAGUGAGGCUGUCAAUGUAUCCACCAUAGGGAUGGAGAUUUACCCUCUCCGCCCAAGUUUCCUGGAGGUCAUCCCUGAGCCCCUGUUGGCUGGAGUGUUAGCAGGAGUGUGCUUCCUGUUUGUGGCCAUCAUCCUGUCCUUGGUGACCGCAUGCUAUAUGAGUCACAGGAGACGGCAUCGGCGCAGAAAGAGAAGACAAGAUCUGCCAUCUGCUUUCCAGAAGAACUCAUCUCCAGAAGCUCGCUCGCCUCCACGCAGCCCAGACAGUGUCCUAAAGCUGAAGCUGUGUCCACCACUUCCCUUCUUCCCCAAAUCCUCUUCACAGUCUGAUCGAUCCUCCUUCGAUAAAGGCAGCCGUGGGGAAUACCAUGACCAGCGGAAACAACUCUUGUCCAAUUCUUCUCCACCCCCACAUUACACACUUUUUGAGAGUCAUCUGGGGUCUCAAGCUCCCUCACCAUCUGCCCUGGAGUCCAUAUCCAGAGGACCAGAUGGACGCUUCAUUACCCAAACACUGCCAGAGGGUUCCAGUCCCUCCAAUAAUAAAAUCUUUAAGAAGGACGUCCUGCAAAUGAAUGGCGGGGCAAGUGGCUCAGGGAGCAACCGGACAUCAUUCAGGGACUCUCCAAAGUCCAGCAUCUUGAGCUCAGAGAAGGACGAGAGGAGGCAUUCUCCUCUCACUGUGGACGUCCCAGAGCUCAACAGACCUCCUUCUUCACCUGGUAGAGUAAGAGCCAUGGCCAGAAACUUCUCUCGCCAAGGCUGCUUUUACUCUGACGAUGAACAAGGCUCCGAGGCACUUCUGGAAAGAAUCAGCUUCUAUUCAGACAGCAGUGAGAAGAAACCCAGUGAUUCUCUCAGGAGAUAUCGUAUACCGGGCCACAGUGAUGAUCUGUUCUCCAGUUUGGGCAAGAGAACAAAGCUGCUGGAUAGAGAUAGAGACAGACUUCGCCAUUCAGGCUACCAGCCUAUGGAAAGUCAGCUGACUGAUAACAGCACCCUGGUCUCACAACUGCACAGUGAGUUGGAGAGAAAUAGCAUUAAUAAGUUUGUCCAACUGGCACAGGAGAGGGAAGAAAUGGAGAGGGAGCUCGAGAGCUAUACAGCUGACCAGAGAAGCCGCAGCCGUGGAAGAGAUAAGUGUCAGUCUAGUGCAACAGAGAACCCUCAAAGGGAUGCACCCAAGUCGGAGGAAGAGCCAGUAUGGAAGACACAAGAUGUUACUAUCAGACAGAAACGAAGGCCCUCUGGUCAGACAAGUCGGGUGUCUGACUAUCGGAGGGCGUGCUACUUCGGGACCACCAGCAGUCCCAUGGACCGGCUUCCCACGUCUCGCAUACAGUGGGAUAUUAGCCCUGUUACCUCCGUCACCAGCCUCAUUCCUGUACGGAGUCCCAGAGAGACCACGUCGCCCAGGUCGCAGCAUCCUCGCACAGGUCGGGAAAUCCCUGAGGACUCUCUCACAGUAGUUAAUUCAUCAUGCUCUCCGGUCACCCAGAACACCUCCCUCCCCAUGUUCUCGCCCGAUGUCAGCCCACCGGUUUUGUGUUUAGAAACACCAGUCAGAGCCAGGUCCCUGAGUCCUCAGAGAGAGCCAGACAUAUGCAGGAAAUCCGUGACUGAGCAGGACGGAGGUGUCUCCUCAAGGUCCAGGCAUUCGUAUGCUUACUCAGCCAAUCAGCCCUGGGAUUCUGCUGCCAGAAGUCCUACAGUCGACAGUGAGAGGCCGGGAAGUUCCGCUUCUGUACCAUAUAAUCAGCCUGACAGAGCUAAAGACUUCACGGCCACAAGGGAUCCCAGUCCCUCGAGUUAUUCUACCUUACCCUAUGAACACCAUGAAGCAGGGGCAAAGGCCAAAGACAGGGAGACUCAGGGCCGCGAUGACCGCCGGAGUUUGGGGUUUUACUCCGAGUUAGAAAAAGAGGGUGUCCGAGCACGCUCCAGGAGGAGUGACAAGUGUCUUUUCUCUGAUAGUCCCAGCCCCAUUUCAACAUUAACUCUUGUAGAAGAGACAGAGAGUGACCAGUCACACUUUUCUGUGCCCAGAAUGUCAGAGUCCUUCAAGGUCAAACCUGCAGCCCCCUCUCCUAAAAUGUCCCCACUGCAGACAAGUGCAAUUCUCGAGUACCUGAGCCUCCCAGGUUUCGUCGAAAUGAGUGUGGAUGAGCCCGUGGGAGGAGCUGAAGUCACAGACGCCGCUGUACAAAGUUCAGAACUUAAAGCAGAUAAAUCUCCGGUGGCAAAGCCUGACGUAGUUCCUACAAACUGGGAGGUUCAUGUUCAAGAAAACCAGCGAAUGGGCUCAAACCUAAAGGAGGUGUGUCAUGAACCAACUCAUUCUGGGGCUGCUGCGGAGCCCAGCCUCGAUGCUUGUAGAAAACAAGCCUAUAAACGCUCCCUCCACGUGGAACCUCGAGAUUCUUCACACAGAGUAAGAUUUCCUGACGAGACAAUACCUCCAUCACAUGGCCCGGAGAAAACUAGCAAGCAGCUCUACCGUGAGAAAACACAACUUCGAGUCGGGAAUAUAAGCACAGACAGACCUGAAUCCAGACUUGGAUCCAGGUCCGCUCACACCAUGCUCAGUGCGGCCAAAGGCGUGGCAGACAUAGUGUCCAAACACUCCUGGAGUUUUGUAGACAGUAGUGAGACUUUAUCAGAGCAAUCCCAAAGACAAGCUUCUCAGGGCAGCAGGACCAAUAACAUUGCAUCUCGGAUAGCUCAAGCCCCUGUGCCAUUUCUCAAGAAAUCUUUAAGCAUUGGCCCCUGUAGGACACUCUCGGGCAUGGGACAGCCGCGUCCUUUCCUGAAGAAGUCCAUCAGUCUGGGCUCACAGAGGUGGGAGCACUUUGAGAGCCCAAGGACGUAUAUUUCUGAGAGGUGCUACUGGGACGAGUUCCCGAACCCCAAUGUCAGGGUGAAGUCCUGCAGUUUGGGCCGCACACCACCUUCCAUGCCCAGGCCAGGCCCCUCCUGGAGGGAGUAUGUCCCAUUCAGACGCCCCAGCAUAGGGAGCUUAGAGAGGCCUCAUCACACACAAAGAUCUUUAGCUAGUCCUUCCUACCUCACACAUUCUAUGUACCCGCCCAGACAAACCUCAGUCUCCCCAAAGCUGGAACCCUGCGAUCCGCGACGUCAAGCCGCUGUUUUCCUCGAGUCCUCCAGGUGGUCCCCUACUUAUCACGAAACUCUGAGGUCUGCCCAGCAUAAAUAUGUCCCCAUGCCGUCCUCUGUUCCCAUGCCCCAGUACCAACACUGGCCAGGUUCAAGAGGGGAAACCAUGAGACCAGUGGACCCCAGGAGGGGCCCUCCAAGGUCCUACCUCCCAAGGGGCAUCAGCUGGCCCUCCCCUUAUUACGCCCCCUUCCCACCCAGGGAGGGAGAGAGUUACAGACAGCCAGACAGGAUGACGGGGAGGGGAGGGGAGACUGAGAUCAGGGACGGAGGGAGGGCCAGUUACGCCAGUCAGAGCAGUGGUAGGGGUAGCGCUGGUCUAUUCCAACACUCACUGUCCAUCACCCCCACACUGCUCAGCUCCCCCGAAACCACAGAGGAGAGCGAGCGUCACAGAGCUGCGACGGAGCUGCCGGAGAGGAGAGCGAAAAGAAGGAACACUUCAGUAGAUGAGAGUUAUGAAUGGGACUCUGCAGAUGCGUGUGUGGACUCGGAGGUCCUGGAAGCCAUGAGGCUUGAUCAGUCACACGUGGGCUUGCGGCGAGGAAGGGUCGAGCCCAGACAUGAUCAAGCUGGUGGCCUCCAGGACCAGCAACAGAAAGGCCCGCCUCCCUCACUCAGCCCGCCAGUUUCCAACCCACCUCGCUGCGAGUUCAGCCGCUCCCUAAGUGAGGCGCGCUUCAACGCUCUCCGUCAGGAGUACCAAGAGUACAGGCGAGCGCAGGAGUCCAUCUGUUCCCGCGAACCCUGUCUCACCCCCGGCUACGAUUCAGACUCUGACUCAAGCUCUGCGCUGCUCUAGCAGAUUGACCCGGCACAUCGGACACAGAUACUCAGUAGCAAUUUUAAGCAACAGAUGACAGCACUGUGGACCUGGACAGUCACACCUUGCUGGAGCGAAAGGUGAAAGAACUUGCAUCGUUUAAAGUUUUUGUAUGGCAGACAUUUAAAAAAAAGACUACUAUAUGGUGUAUUCCAUCAAAUGUGACGGACUGCAGCUCCUCAGUUUAUAUCAAAUGACCCUUUUGUUCCACUGUGCUUUGCGAAGUGAAGCUGAGAAGCGAUUAUUUAUUUUUCCGAGAAGCUUGUGUAACUAUUUGGCGAGUGCGUGUUUUUAUACCAUGACAAUCGGGGACACAGGAGCCCCUUCGAGGAAUGAAAUGUUCACACUUGACUUGAGACAGUUUCACUGUUGAGAGUUGAGAAAGACCUGCUUUAUAAAAGCAGCGGUAGGCUGCAUGCUACAUAAUGAGGGCUGAAUUUCAACUUAGUGUCAACCUCCCUUCACUAAUAAAAGGAUGCUAAUGACAAUUUUGAAGCUGUGUGAAGUUGUGUCGAUGAUAACACAUUUACUGUUUGUGGAGUAAAUGUUGCCUGUGUUCCCAGUCAAUCACUGCUCACGGCAUUUUCACCACUGUCUUCCUCUGAAUACGACAAAAAGUAACUUGACUAAUAUUACUUCAAGAUCACUUGAUUAGACAUCUCUAUUAAUUGUGUAAAAGCUCUCAUCGGUUCAUGCUCCAUCACCUUGAUAACUCCAAACAGUAAGUUUUUGUAUUUAUAAGAAGUGUGUUUAUUUAGCUCGCCCUGCUGGUUCCCUGAUCAUCGCAGGUUUCAUACUUCAUACCUUAUUUGCCGCAGUAACGCUUCCCUGUUGAUAUUUUAUUAUAAAUCACCUAACAUAGCCUCCCAGUAUUUGUUCAAAAUGUACAAAUGUUUAUAUGUACCUUAAUAUGAAUGGACCCUGCUGUUGCAUUGUAUAUUCCUCAUCAUCAUUUCAUCAGAUGAACAAAAAAAUGUUACUUUCCUCCACCUGUCAAACUUUGCCCCUGUGAUCAAAUUAUUAUUGUAAAAAGCAGGGAAAUUAUUUUUGCCUUAUUUUUUUGUCAAAGUCGUAUAUACACUGGAUUAUUGACCCUGGAAGAGUUGCGCUGAAAAACUAAUCAGACAAAACCGAUCAGAGGGUUAAAAAUGAUUGAUUGCUUGAAUGGAAAACGUUUUUGUUUUGUCUUUUUGCUCACAGGAAAAAGUAUUUCUGUAUAUUUACUGAGGUGAGUUACGAUAUGCAACAAUGUUUACAAUUCCCAUCACUGAUGUGACGGCAGCACUGAAUAUUUCAACUUUUAUAAAUAUUGUGCCCAUUAGCCCAUUGUUGUUGUUUUUUUGUUGUUUUUUUUUACUGCAAAAUGACAAAUGCUGUUUUUGUACAUCACCUGACGAACACAGGUGUAAAGAAUAUAUUUGUUGCUGUACUUUGGAAAGAUCCAACAUUUGUUUUAGAUUUAAUUAUAACCCAGAUGAAAAUGGUCAUAUGGAGUGAGUACGCAUUUCUGGUGAUGAUUUUAGAAGUUUUAUACAAACUGGAAAUUUUUAUAUCUUGCCACCUGGUUGUUUUUUGUUAUUUUUUAUAAGUUUGUAAUGAAUAAAUUGUUUUAUUCUUAAUGUAA